GCCUAUCUUCCGAGUUUUCCUUCUUUUUGCCUUUGAGACCAGUAAUCGCUCCCGCCAGCUCAAGAUCAGCUCCUCUUCUAGCCUCUUUCUGUCAAUCCUGCCCGUGCUCCCUUCUUUGCAUUCGUAUCCCCUCCCCCAAGUCCGCUCCAAUCCAAUCCGGAGACUCGACUCUGCCCCCGGACUCCAGACUAAAUCCGUUCCUCGGCUCGGCAAAGCAGCUCUGCACGUCCCUUCUCACUUGCUCAGCCAAUCGCUGGCCUCGGCCCCUCCCCUUUGGGCUUGGCCCCUCUCAUGCCACCAAUCCGCGCCUUUUGUCCCGCCCCCUGCCCGCGAGUCCGCCAAUCCCGCCCUUCGGAAAGCGUGGUCUGGUAUCCAGCUGCUGGAGCGGGUCGCGCUGGAGGGGGGCGGAGGCGGAAGUGGCGGUGCCGGGCCCGGGGAGUAGGAAGAAGCCGGGGCUGUAGCCGGAGUGGAGCGGCUGCCAGCCGAGGAGCAGGCGCGGCCGCGGCGCCAUAUUGCGGCCCUCAGCGGCCGCGACCGAGUCAUGGCCGAGACCUACGACUUCCUCUUCAAAUUCCUGGUGAUUGGCAGUGCAGGAACUGGCAAAUCAUGUCUCCUUCAUCAGUUCAUUGAGAAUAAGUUCAAACAGGACUCCAACCACACGAUCGGCGUGGAGUUUGGAUCCCGGGUGGUCAACGUGGGUGGGAAGACUGUGAAGCUACAGAUUUGGGACACGGCUGGCCAGGAGCGGUUUCGGUCGGUGACGCGGAGUUAUUACCGAGGGGCAGCUGGAGCCCUGCUGGUGUACGACAUCACCAGCCGGGAGACGUACAACUCACUGGCUGCCUGGCUGACGGAUGCCCGCACCCUGGCCAGCCCCAACAUCGUGGUCAUCCUCUGUGGCAACAAGAAGGACCUGGACCCUGAGCGGGAGGUCACUUUCCUGGAGGCCUCCCGCUUUGCCCAGGAGAAUGAGUUGAUGUUUCUGGAGACCAGCGCUCUCACAGGUGAGAACGUGGAAGAGGCGUUCCUCAAGUGUGCCCGCACCAUCCUCAACAAGAUUGACUCAGGCGAGCUAGACCCCGAGAGGAUGGGAUCCGGCAUCCAGUACGGGGACGCGUCCCUCCGCCAGCUUCGGCAGCCUCGGAGUGCCCAGGCCGUGGCCCCUCAGCCGUGUGGCUGCUGAGCCUUGCGGAGCCAGCUCACCUGUUCUUCAGGACCAGCCCUGCCCUUCCGGCUGGGGCCCAGGCCCAGGCUCCGAGAGGCCGUGUCCCAACCUGCCCUGGCCCCGGAGAAGCUGUGCCGCCACCUGUCCCCCUUCCUUGGUGGGGCCUGGCUUUGGGGCAAGACUGAGCCACAGGGGAAGGGGGAUCCCGUACCUGCUGCUGCUUCCUCUGUCUUGGCUAACCUCUGUCCCCCUGAACCCCUAACCAUACCCCAGAGCUCCCAAAGCCUGAGACCAGGGUCAUUUGUCCCUACCUCCCUGCCUGGCCCUGCUGUUGCUAGUACCUGUUAUUUAUUACCUGGAGGCCCGUCCAGCACCCACCCUACCCCCAUAAAGCAUUGUUUACACCUGUG